GUGACCUUGCUUUGUGUAGAAGUCAGUCUAUGAGACGCAUCCGUGCGCUGCGCGACUACCGCGGAAGUUUCGACCUGAAGAAAUUUUCUCCAUCUUUUUCCGUUGCCCCAGUGAUUUUCUCUAGAAUAUUUUCGUGUGCCGUGCAUUGACGCUCGCUAUUAAGAUCGUGUCUCUUAGACAGUCUAGUUUGAACAUUUUCGUUGUUCCGUUUUUGUGUUAUAUAUUUUUAAUAAUCGUUUUAUUGAAUAGUUUUAAUUUUUAUUUUAAUCUAGAUCGUUUAGUUCAUAAGUUAGUUUUAUUUUUAUAGUUAGUGUUAUCGUGUUGUUUGGCCGCCAUUUUGUCGUGGCGCUGUCCGACAUAUUGAAAAUGGUUAGCAAGGAGGUACCGGUGCCUGUUGAGGCAACGAAGAAGAGUCGCAGGCGGCGGCGUAGGACCGGUUCUAGGGCUGCGAAGCGUCGCGCGCGCAAGGCUUCGGGCGGUAGUCUCGGGAAGACGUCUGUGUUGGCUUCGGUGGAGAACAUAGUGUCGCCGGUGAAGUGCGCGGUGCACGCGUUCCUGCUGCGGUACCAAAGUGCCCUCAGGAAGGUCCCGGCUCACCUGCCGCCGAGGGUCCACGCCGGACCACCCUCCAAACGCGUCAAACGCGUGUCCUGGCGUCACGAGGAAGAGGAGACAGGCGGGACGGGCGCGGGCGGCGGCGGCGACCCGGCCGUGCUGUGCGUGGGCCCGGCGCGGCGGCCGCUCACGUACACGCGCGACGAACUGCUGCGGCUGCGCAACUCGCCGCUCGUCAAGCGCAACCUCGACAACGCCUUCGCGGGUUGCGAGGCGCUUGCGCUUGUGCUGAAGCGGCGUUCCGACUCACCCAAUGAGGAAGAUCGAGGGGCAAGAGGGGAUGCUCCUAGUGAAAAUCAUAAGGGUGUGUAUGGGCGCGACCGAGAUCGCGAGCGCGACCGCGAACGUCGCUCGGCGGACCCGCGCGAGCGCGUGCGCAAGGAGUCGGAGACCCACGGCGGCGGCAUCGUGCUGUCCCCGCAACGCAGGUCGUUCACCUCGGGCUGCGGCGCGCCGGCUGCUACAGCGCAUGCGCCGCACCCGGCGCCGCCGCACAUUGCCCGCACUAGACCGGAGUCACCGCUACCAGCGGCGCCCACCAAGCCUGACCAGGGUCGUCGUAUCGGUUCGGGUCGUAUCAUGGUGCGGGACUCGAACGCGGCGUGGGAGGAGGGCGAGUGGACCGCGAGUGGCGCUGAGCCGUACCGCCCGCCGCGCGAGCGCAACAACUCUGACAGAUUCGGUGAGCGGCGUUCGUAUGGGCGUGACUCCUACUCCUCUGACAUCAAGAGGGAACGGGACGAACGAUUUAACAACGAGAAGACGCGCGACAGGGAGGAUAACCGUAGAUCUGGUGGUCGCUAUUCUCAACGGCGCUUUGAGAAGGAAGAUGAACCCGAAUGGUUUAGCGGUGGGCCGACCUCGCAGCUGGAAACCAUAGAGUUGCGCGGCUUCGAGGAGCCCACCAAGAAGAAUGGCAACGCCACUAACAAAGAGACUGAGAAAUGGAACAACAACAACGGGUCACGGUCCCCGGAGUGCUGGCGCAGCGAGGCCGCCGCGUCGCCCGCGCCGACCACCGACACUAGUACCACCAAUGACAAGGAUUCUGGCGUGGAGUCGAAACCUGAAGAGCCGGCGCAGAAUGACGAACAACCAGACUUUAAUCUCGACGAGUUCCUCAAGUUCGACACCAUACCUGAUGUGCUUACUAACGGCGGCGGCGAGGCGGAGGGCGGGAGUCGGUUCAGCCGCUGGUUCCGCCGCGACAGUCCCACCAGCGACGCCAAGCACUACGAGAGACUGCUGCACAAUAUUGUUGAUGACUUGGAUAGCUCGACGCGGCUGGAGCCGGCGCCGGCGGCGGGCGCGGGGGGUGCGGGCGGUGUGGGCGGCGCGGGGGCCGCGGCGGGCGUGUUCGCGCCCAUCUCGCCGGGCGGCGCCCCGCCCUCGCUGCUGGAGCUGCUGCGCCGCGCCAACGCCAGCGCCGAGCCGCGACCCGAGCUGAACUCAGUGGGCGGCAAGAUCCACAGCCUGGAGGAGUUGGAGGCUCGCCUGCGGCCCCAACCGCAGACCCCGCAGCAUGCUGCACCGGACCACGACCUCUCCGCCUUCAAGCGACUGUUGGCGCAGGUGUCGGGCGGGCACGCGGUGGCCGCGGAGCAGGCGCGGGCGCAGCCGCCGCCGCAGCCCAUGACGCUGCUGCAGAUGUUGAACAAGAGCGUGGAGCAGCAACAGAAGGCGCACCAGCAGCCACCGCACAUCCCGCACGAGCUCCUAUACAAGCUCCUGCAGGUGCAACAGCGCCAACAACAGCAGCAGCAGCAACAACAACAACAGCAGGCGGCGAUGGUCAACGACAUGGGCGCGCACCUCGGCGUGGGCCCCUCCGACGCCGAGCUGCUGCAGCGACCAGAGGCCCAGGCUAUUAUACACGGUCUCAAGGCGGGCGAGAUAACGGCGCAGCACCUGAUGCAGCAGCUGGGUAACCCGGGGCUGGCGGCGCGCCAUCGCGACCUGCUGCUCACUAUCCUGCGGCUGCAUCAUCACUCCAGACAGCAAAUGGGCGGGUCUCCAUUGCCGGGCGGUGUGGGCGUGGGCCACUUAGUGGUGCCGCCGCAUCACCAGCCGCUAAGACUGUCGCCGCUGCCGCAUCCAGGAGUCCCAGCGCGCAUCCCCUCCCCGCGCGAGUUGGCUGCGCACACGCAGUCGAUCAUGCAAGGCGCGCUCAUCAAGAAGAAGCUGGAGGAGCAGCGGGAGAACUACCGCCGCCGGCACGAGAUGCAGCAGCCGAAGCAACCAACGCCCAUCUCCUUUACUCCCACUUCGGUGUUACGCAAGAUGACAGCGGAGAAGGAGUCGGAAGCCCAGAGUCCCAAGCAGCAGCAGUGGGCGCAGCCGCCCAAAAUGCCGCAAGGUCGACCCAUCGUCAAGGGUAACCAAAGCGGCGCAGCGCCGAACAUGAACUACGGGCCUACCGACUACCAGCAGCAUUAUCUCAACCAGCAACAGUUCAACAACAUGAACAACAUGGCGCGAGGGAUGACCAACAGCACCUCGCUGCAUCAGUUGCUAGUCCAAUCGCACCAGAGAAGCCUCAAUGAGAUGGGCGGCGGCGGCGCGGCGGGCGGCGGCGACAACCAGCUGGCGCGGUGGUUCUCCCCCGAGCUGCUGGCGCGCGCCUCGGCCGGCAAGCUGCCCUCCGUGCACGUGCCCAACGCGCUCUCCCUCGAGGACCUCGAGCGGCACCACCACUCGCCCGCGCCGCCCGUGCGCAACUGAGCACAAGACCCUCCAGCCGCCGGGGACACGCAUGCGCCUAGCAGAGUCGAGCACGCGCCCACGGGCAGCUAACAUUACUUCCAAGAUUGCCACUGUCACUUGCCCAGUCUCCCGAGUAAUGUCAGCACCCCAACGAUCCCGAUGCUCGUUUACACGUUUAUAGCGAUUGUCGCGAGUUAGUUAAACCGCAAACGAGCAUCGCGAACGUACGUAAUGUUAAGGUAGCUUAAAGUUGGUAAGGAUUUGACUCAGGGCUUGAAACGCUUCACAAACGUCAGUCCUUGUCUGUCGGUUCAUAACCGCAUUAACCGGUUCAUGUCAGUAAUAACUGGAUACCGCAACGAAUAAUAAAACCGGUAUAAAAAACUUUACUUUUUCUUCUCUUUCGAGCCCUGAGUACGCGAUGGCGGCGCAACAGUGCUCUUCUAUUAUAUUUUUCAAAAUUGACGUGACUUAGUUGCAUAUGUCUCAGAUUUUUAAAAAGUAGUAUUUAUUUAUUAUCUGUUCUAUUCGUGAGAGAGAAAGAGAGAGAUGUAUGGUGACGUAUUUUGACGACAAAUGUGACUAAGUUACCGGUUGGAUCUGAAACUGAAGUUGUUGCAAUUAUUCACAUACGGACGAUGUUUGCGGUACAAAAUGUCACGUGAUUCGGAUACGAGUUUUUCACUGAUCAGUGGAAAGAUUCGUAAGGAACUCUGGAUGUUUACGCGGAGUCUUCAAGGUCGUUUGAAUAGAUACUUCAAACGGGCAACAUAUACAAGCUGCAUAUUUAGAGAAAUUUACUAGACCAAUGGGAAUAUUUAGUUAUGAUAAACAUUCGGGUAUACAAAUUGUGUAAUUAAUAACAUUCCUAUACACAAAGACAAAUAUAUGAAUUAACUACGGGGUUACAAACCUUGCCAAAUAUUUCAACAAAUGACUAUUAUAUGUCGCUACUGUUGCCUCACUCCAAAACGUCUAGAAAGCACUACCGCGUAAACUUAAAUAUUAUGCAGUGACGUAUUUCGAACAAAAUUGCUUGGUUUACGUCGGACAAACGAUAAUUAAUAAUAAGUCCAUUAUUAGGUAUACACCAGUGAAUAUAGGAAGGGUUAUGAGGAUAUUUUCCACAUGGGACGCGUAAAUGUAUUCGAACAUUUUUAUAAUCGACCAAUCACGUGAACGUUACACACAUGGAGGCUUGUGAUUGGUUGAAAACACGUCAAAAUGUAGGGUUCAUUGGUGGAAUAAAAAGGGAACUUAUAUUGUGGUUCUUGACAGAUAAUAAAUUCUUGAAAAAAGUAUAAGCCUUGCGAAUCAACUAGGCAUCUCGCUUGUAUACAACCCCCUUUACGCGAGGUAUUUAAUUAAUUCGCACGGGUUAUAGGCUGUGUGUGAGCUGUAUUAAUGCGACGUCACGAUUUAUAACAAUGACGUCAUAAUAAUAUUCUCAUGUACUCCAAACUCGAGUAAAUAGAAUAGCAUUUAAGCGACUGGCUCGUAAAACAAGAUCUAAAUAACACAUAGACUUGUCUAGUCAAACUAGGUUCACUCAUCCAAAAUUGACAUUGAAUAUGACUGUACGUUUCACACUAUAGGAAUUGUCGAGUGUGACAGAAUUCAAAACGGCUUGUACACGUUGGAAAUUAUUCGCCACUCAAAGGUUUAUGUCGCACUUCAUAUAGAGACAAAACUGACAUAAUAAUUGUAGUACCAUGAAGUUAUUUUUAGGGCAAGGUAACACGAGAACAUCAAAUUCACGAAGGACCAUUCAUAUUGUAAAGCGCAGUUCUACGGAACCAGCGGGGAAGCCUUUAUACAUCGGACUAAGUGUCUGAGAGAGACGAAAAACUUCGAUUGACCGCAUCCCUUUUCUUUUUCAUGUAUUUAGGCAUAUGUAUAAAGCUUUCUCGCUCUUAAAAGCGUUGGAUCACGAAUUUUAAUAGUGUCGAAAUUUCUUAAGGUUUAAUAUAAACUCGUGGUGUAAUAAUUUAUCGUGUGUGAAAGCCUCUUAGGUAGUAGCUGCGAGGGUAUCCAAUUUUUGAUGUAUUUCUUUGUACGCGUAUUCAACGUAGUAUAGUUUCGAAAUAGGCAGUAGAUGUUAUCAUUUCGAACCCUACGCAGCUCCCUUCAAACAUUUAAUUCGUAACGCGACGAGACGUUUGAAAGGCGACAUUUUUCGUAAUGAAAACGGACAAAACCUCCCUUCGUUUCUUCUGAGACUCAAUCCCACAAAACAAACAUAUUAUGAAGUCUAAUGUGUUUUAAGAAUCUGUGGUAGCAGAAGAAACUUACGUUUUCCGUGUCCUAACAUUGUUGGGGAAAUGUCGCCUUGUAAGGCGUUCCCGCGCUCUGACGGUAAAAGUAGUGAACGCAAGCAACCCCAGUCAAGUACGCGAGGUCGGAACACGAGUGGCUGGCGCUCAGUACUUUUAACACUGCUCGGUCGACAUAGCUGUGUGCGUGCGUGCUUGUAUGUGAGAGAGGAAUAUAUAUGUAUAUGUAUGUCUAUGGUUGUGUUUAUAAGCAUUUUUGUUACUACGUAAUUUUCGUGAGGAGAGUUCUUUUCGUUGAAAAAAAUAAAGAGAUACGUCAUUUUCCAUGUCUACCGUCUGUAUUAUUUGGACUAGACAUUUUUGGGUGACCUUUUCAGUUGUCAAUCGCGACUUUUUUAACGAUUUUGGGAUUUUGCGCGGACGCCCGUCUCGCGUGACGCGUUUGAAAUUCCUGAAUAUAUUUUUUUAAACGUUUUACGAUUUGCUCCACUAUUCGACGUUUUAUCAAUUUGAGUGUGCAUUUGUUUCUCGAAUAACUCGAUACCUGAGCUAACAUACGACAAUGUGUGUCAAUUAUGAUUGUUUAACCAUAGUCACGCGUUUGUUUAGUGGAUUUAUUGAUCUUUGUGACGACACUACGUUCAAUGGAACGUCAAAAAUUAAAUGUCGGAAAAGUUCGGCGUCGUUGUCUGCAAGAAAAUUGAUACAUUCCACUAAGUGGCGAGUGUAUUCUUUCCACCAAAUGGACAAUAGCAUGUAGGGUUCUAACCGUCCAUCAAUCGUCUACCUGUUAGCUCAACACUUACGAAGCAAUACUUGUAUACUUUAAAAUUGUAUCGCUCAUUUCGCCCUAUGCCUUUAAUUCGACAGGCCAGACUAUUGUACCUAAAGUUACAGGAAACAAAUACAUGUUUUUUUUGUGGGAGUGACCAGAAAGGGAAGAGGGGGCCUAGUCAAAAAGUUAAUUAAUUUAUUUUAAAUGUUAUUACGCAUUCUAUCAUGAAAAAUAUUAUUGAUUUUGCCACCUAUAUUGAAGCUGGGGACGUCACAAAUACCUAAAAUUCAGCUGAUUGAAACUGUAUUUCUAUGGUAUAUUUAUAUUCACUUUCAAGAUUUAGUACAAACCCUCUUCCCUUAACUGCUUCCUUUGUUUAGUUCAAGUUUCAAUGGAUUUAGAUGUCAUUUUAAAAUGGAUUUGAGGGGUCUGUGAGAAUCAUGAAGUGACAGUAUUGAUGAUGCUUUCGACGAAGAGCCUCGACGCAUUUGUGUACUACGACUGUUAAGUAUAGUCUAAAAAUGAUUAGAAAGAGGCACGUGCUAUGUUUUCGUACAUUUAAUUGAAAAUGUGUAUGAAUCUUACGAAAACGCAGCAUAAUAUAGCCACUUUUGGAAAGUAUUUAAGUAUAUUCAGGUAAUACUUAACAGUACUAGUUUACUUUUGGUUCUUACGUAGUGGAUUAGUGGCGAAAUUUCAGUUUUUGGAAAUGAUAUUCGCCAGCCGGCCGCGGCGGCGCGGCGUCUCGGUCGCCGGCGUAUUACAAGAAAAUGUCUCCUGUAAGCUUUAAAUUAUUGAUUAAAGAAAAAUUUGAAAGUU